GGACAGGCGGAAAGGCUGGGUGGGCGGGGAAAGCGUUGCGCAGGCGCUCUGAGGAAGGGGCAUCCGCCGGCCAGUUCCCCAGCUGCUUCUUCCGGGCGCCUGCGGCGCAAUGCGGAGAAGGGAACUUGCCGGCGGGUCCCACUCUGGCCUUCCACCUCCGGUUGGGGGGGACUCGACCGCGGGGGCCGCAAGCGCGCCGCUAGGGGAAGGCCGAGGCACUCGUGUCGUCAUCCAGAAGCGCCGGCGAUGUCGCAUCUUUCUGACGUAGCACAAUGGCUGCCGCCGUUGCUGGGGUGCUCUCCUGCCGCAGGAAGGGCCCUUCUGGUAUUACUUCUGCAGUGCUGGAGUCUCCCUUUCAUGCUGCUUCAAUCAUGGUAACAUCAGAAGAACCCUUUUCAACCAAGAUUCUUUUUAUCUUGCACAAUACAGUGCGAACAUUUGCUUCGCAGACGGAUGGAGAAGCCAGAGUGACACAAGUGCUUAAGGAGAAAUUCCCCCAGGCUGCAGCUAUCAAAGUAGUGGAUAUAUCGGGUGGUUGUGGAGCAAUGUAUGAAAUUCAUAUAGAAUCUGAACAGUUUAAGGAAAAGAGAAUUGUACAGCAACAUCAGAUGGUAACUCAGGUAAGCAGACAGGCCCUACGUAAAGAAAUUAAAUCUAUGCACGGGCUACGGAUAUUCACCUCUGUUCCUAAAGAUGGAAGCUAGGACUGCCUGGUAGCAUGCAAGAGUGGUGAAUUUCAAGAACUGGUGGGGCUCUGGGAGAACGCCUGUUGGCAUGUGAGAAAGCCAGAAGUCUGUAGUCCCCACCCCCCGCUCCCUUGGGUCACACUGCAAAUAAAGUCACUGUGCUGCUGGGGUGCAGUAAAACGAGAAUACCCAAGACUGGUUUCAGAAUCGAUAUUUUUCCGUUUUAAUGGUCAGUUUUUUAAUCUUAUUAUGUAACCUCUUUUUGCAAGAAGAUGGGGGUUGAGUUAUAGUGGCAGUCUCUCUCUCUCUCUGUAAAAGCCAUGCCAUCUGCUCUGGAACCAAGAAGGAAACACGACUUCAUUCAAAUGGAGGAUGCUGUAGAAAGGAGGAGAGCUACACGUGGCCGUCCUGCUCCCACAUCAUAUAAAAAUCACAGUUCAAUAGAAAAUCCAUGGGUAACAUGGAAUAUGCUUGUUUGUGCUGUAUGUGUUGCCUUUGGUAGCUGAUGACAGCAAAAGUAAGGCCAGGUCCUCAAGAACCACUUAAGGAGGACGCAGGUGCCUUGUAUGCCAAGAGCCCUUCUUGUAAGAAGGUGGCUUCCAAUCAGCAGUGGUGCACAGUCGGGUUUGCUGAGGCUGAACCAUCUUGGCAGUGUUGGCAGUAAGCAACAGGUCUGCUUCUCCCCAUCUUCUCCAACAAGAAUGAUGUCAGCUGUUCUUUUAAAUUAAAAAUGUGUUUCCUGAAA